AUGCAGCAUCUCGUUGGUUGCCUUAACUUAUUUCUCCUUUUCACCUGUUUUUUCCCCCAAGUGUUUGGAUACAGCCUCUUCAAGGUGAUCCUCUUUCUAUCGCUGCCUAUCGCUCUCCUCAAGACAGCAAUCAGUCUGGUCCACCUGUAUGCCGCCUCCGUAAACCUAACUGGCCUGGACAUCGCGGACCGGAAGAAGACUACGGUGGCCGCAUCGUAG